ACAUCAAAAACACACAAACGAUGAAUCAAUCCAAGUAGAAAGGCCUUGCAGUGACAUUGCACGGGGACAAGAAACAGACUGUAGUGACAUUUGUAUUUAUGUUUAGAUUAUUCAAUUGUGUUUUUUUUAUUUUUGGUGUUUUUCCUACUUCACAUUUUUUUUUCUGGACUGUGAUCGAGAUAAAAUAACAAUUGAUCAAAUACAAGAACAAAGAAAUUUACAAUAAAAUGUAUUCAACACGAGGAUCCGGUCUACGAAUCGAUCGUGAUUUAAAAUGCAAAAAUGGCUGUGGAUUUUAUGGGAAUGCACAGUGCGAUAUGCUCUGUUCUAAAUGCUAUCGCGAAAAGAAUAUACGACAAUUAAAAGUAGAGAAAAAAUGCGUCAAAGAAUCGCCGUUGAAGCGAGAAGUGCAGGCAGUUAAAUCCAUUUUACAAGGCGGUUCCAGUUCAAUGCGAUCUGAUCAUCAAACGAUACAUGAGUCACAACAUUCCAAAGAUGCGCAUCGACAUGCAAAAGACGACAAAGCAAAACUCAAGAAACGUAAUCUACUCGAAGUAUUUAAGAAACCAUCGAAUGCCAAGGAAAUUGGUAAACCAGCUAAACAACGCACCAGUCCGCAUGUUAUCGACAAAUUCGAAUUGGAAUGCAUCGAAAUUCUCAAGCACCUGAAAAUUCCCGACAAUGCGAAAAAAGAACUCACCUAUCUCAUCCAAAUGCUGGAAAAUGUCAUCAAAAAGAAGUAUUUGAACAGCAACAUCGCCGAAUUGAGCGAUAGCGUGCAGAAUAGCUAUGGAAAAUUUGCCGAUUUUAUCAAUUCGCCCGAGUCACAAUUUGCACAUGUCUCGCCCGAAUUGAUCGAACAAAUCAUUGAUUUCUUUGAAAAGGUCGUCAUGACUAGAAAUCACAAAAUACUAUUUUCACCGCCAUUCACCAAUGACGAACAAAAAGAUGCAGCAGUUCACAAACGCAUUAGACAGUUGAGCUGGAUUAAUGCACGGCAUUUGGUGUGUAGCAUUGACGAAGUUAAUGCUGAUGUUCGUGAUUUGGUCUAUUGCUCAAUUAACGAAUUAAUUUCAAUGGACUCAUUUCCGUCACCGCAAGAGAAGCUCGAUUGUAUCGUUCGUAGUUGUCGGAAUAUAUUCACUCUGCUGAAACACGGUUCGGAUGGUCCAGCGAGUGCGGAUGAAUUUUUGCCGGCAUUAAUUUUUGUAGUAUUAAAAGCGAACCCGGUUCGACUUCAUAGCAACAUAAAUUAUAUCACACGAUUCAGUAAUGCCUCACGAUUGAAUAGUGGCGAGGGUGGAUACUAUUUUACGAAUUUGUGCUGUGCAAUUUCAUUUAUCGAAAAUCUGACACACGAAGAAUUGUCGAUGCCACAAAGUGAGUUUAGUGCGCUGAUGACGGGCCAGAUUGCAAUCCAUUCAGUGUGGGAGAGUGCGUUGAUGUCGUGCGAAAUGAUGCAUAUGCUGGAUGAAAAUUGCAAAACAAUCAUACAAUUAGACAAGAAAAAUGACGAAACAUUGGAAUGCAUACAGCAAAUGACCAAGGAUAUUACUGAGUUUAAGGAAAAUUUCUCUCGGAAUUUGAACACCGUUCUGCAGCGUACUCCGUUUGAAUUGAAAGAAAUCAAAACACUACAGUCGUUACGGGACAGUUUAUUACCAUCGAAUAUCAAACAUAAAAGGUCAUUAGAUAGGCCGCCAGCAUAUCUUCCGUCGAACAAUAGCAACAGUGGCGGCGGCAGUGGUGGUGGUGGUCAUUUCAAAUCAAAUCUAGUGUCAUCAAUGGCAUCAAUGAAUUUAAAAUCAAAAGAAAGUGCAUUCCCGUUUGCAUUAGAAAAUGAACCAAAAGAAAUAGCGAGCGAUGUGCUUCCAUCGUCAAAUCCGCUUGUUGAUGAUAUCGAUCCGUUUGCUGGUUGCAGUGAGGUGUUAUUGCCAACCAUAAGUGAUCCAAUAAAAUCAAGCCCAAGUGUCGACUAUUUAUCGGUAUCGCCAAGUUUUGGUCCGUGUAGUUUAUCGUUUGACAAUCAAUCGUUUGACGAAACCACACCCGAUGAAUUUGCGCCGAUAAAUUUCCUAAAAGGCAUUACGAAUAUCAAUUAUGACUUCACAUUUUCGGACAACAGUGCCGAAAAUAGUAUAUCAGAGGAUGUGGGCGAAAUGCAAAGUCGAUCGACAAAUGCCGAUCAACCAAAUGCAUUGAAACCGUCGGAUUCAAUGUCAUCAUUUAAUUUGGACGAAUUUGAUCCGCUGCGUAAUGUGGAAAGUACAUUGCAAGUGGCCACAUCGUCGUCGUCGUCGUCAUCAACAUCAUCGUCGCAGCCAAAACCACUGAAUAUCAGUUUAACCGACCCAAAACCAACAACAUUAAUUGAAAGCGAAGAUUCACCCAAUCAAGUGCUAUUACCAUCACCACUCAAACCAACGGCCACCGACUACAAAGGAUUUUCCAAUUCAAGUAUACCAACGAUAUCGUGCAAUACCGGCGACUUUAGUUCGCUCAACUAUUCGGAUGCGAACAAUCAACAAAGUUAAAUCCACUAUUUCGCCGACACCACCAUCACACCAUCACCACAAACUCACAUAACUAAUUGCUCAUGUUAUCUAGUGUGCUAAGUAUUUUCCAUGUGACAUAUACUUCACUCUUCUUCUCUCAAAUCCUUUCUGUUUUCUAUGUGUGCGUCUGUGGCUGUGGCUGCUGUGCCGAUGUGUGUGCAGUGUAUUCGCAUUGCAUUUGCUCAUGCACAUGCUUCGUCACUACACUUCACUUCAUUUGUUCAUAUUUAGGUCUUAAUGUCAAUUGCUUUUCCAUUUAAUCGGUCGAAUUGAAAUUUAUUUGUUUUCUGAAUCAAUCUAUGUCUAUUCGGAAUUGUCAUUUCAAAUGUUAUGAAUGUUUGUUAAUAUCUUGAAAUAUAAAUUAUCUGAAAUCGCUUGAUUGCGAACUAGA